UUAUCAGUUAGCGGACGUGUCCGAACGUGUUUGAAAGAUAUUUAGUAAAAAAAUAAAGUAAAAUUUAUUAUAAAGGAAAAAAGAAAUUUAAGUUAUUCUCAAGUGAAACAUAAUUUGUGUAAAAUCACUGCAAAAAAUUUGAUUAUAAAAAAUUAAUAUUGUUUUAAAAAUUGAAAAGGAAUUUAUUAAAAAAAAGAGAAAAUAUUAAUUAUAAAACAAAAUUUAUUUUGUGAAUGGAUAUUUCUAGAAAUUUGUUAAAAAAUUUUCAAAUUUUGUGGGCGUGCAAUAUUUUUUUUAGAAAAGUUUUAAAGCGCUUUUAGAGAAAGAAAUUUUAAGUGCGCGACACGGAUCUCGGGCAAAUUUUUUUAUUAAGUGAAAUUUAUUUAAUUUUACUUACAAGGAGUAAACAACCAAAAAAAAAUCUUAAAACAAAAGCUCAUCAAAGGCUUUUUUUUUAAAAAGGUCAUUUAGGCUUUACAAUUUCAAUUAAAUUAAGCGGCGAAUCUUAUUCCCGUUCAGAAUGGCUUGCAAAGUUGAAUUCGAAUCUAACGCCACAACACGGCCACGAAACUUAUACGACAACUCACAAGUACGGCCCGACAAUAAAUCAAUUGAUCAAACACGGCCAACAAACCAAAAUAACAAGAUUGAUAAAUCAGGAACAAGAGGAUAUACAGAAAAUUGUAAACAAUCUAUUGGAGACGACGUCGACAACGGUGAAUUACCCUCAGAAAACAACGAACAAAUUGAUACAAAAUCAACAACAGAAAUUUUCUUCAAUCAAGGAAAACAACAACAACAAGAAUUUAAUAAGUAUACAAAAGAAACAAAUAUUACAGAAGGGGAAAGUGUCCCAGACAAUAAAACAAAUACAACAACAAGUUCCCUUUUUACUAAGGCCGUCUCAAAACAGGCCAAUAACGAAACACCGACCUAUACAAGACAACGGGUUCAUAAAAAAUUCAAACGAGUUGAAAGAAUUGAACAAAACAGAAGAUUUGAAAUCGAAUUACUAUUCAAAUUGCAAUCAAAUAUUGUCAACAAUAUCAUCGCAAAGGCAAUCAAUACAACAAAAUCAGAAGGAAAAUCAAAUUUUGAUUUCGCCAAAUUUAACAUUAUUGAAUCCGGUGAAACAAACAACAAUAACAAAUACAACAUCAGCAAUCAAACCAACAUCUGGAAUCUUAUUUCUGGAAACCAGAAGACCGAUGGCAUAUUCUACAGUUGAAGAGCUGAAGUGCAAUGUUAAAGUCUUAAAUAAUAAGAACCAAUCACAAACGGAUUUACCAAAUGAUUUUAUAACAUCCAGAUAUUUGAACGUUGAAACAAGCCAGACAAUUCCAAGACAAGUAUCUUCUUCGGCAGAUGCAACAUAUUUAAUUAAAUCACCAACAGCGACGACAACAACUAAUAUACCAAUAUCAACUGUUACAACAAUUAAAGAAAAUAUAGAAUUUAAUUCAAAAGGAACUUUAAAUAAUAUAACAAGUAAUUUACAACAAAUAGAUCCUCCAAGUGAUUUGGAUUUAUUACAGUUAUUUAAUAAUAAGAAUAAUAAUUUGGAUAAUCUAACAAAUAUAUUUGAUUUGGAGGAAAAUUCGGAGCAAACAAAAAAUAUAAAAAUGAUUGAAAAAGACCAAGAUAAUUUUGAUAAUAUUAUGAAUGUUGAAAGAGAAAUAAUGAAUAUUGAUCCGAAAAAUGCUAUACCACUUGAUACUCAACUUUCGUCUGAAUUUCUAAAUAUUUUCGAUGAUGUAGAUAUGAUGGAAUUUGAUUCAACAAUUUUAAAUAAUGACAUUUCUACUAUAAACGACAGUGAUGGCUAUUUAAAAAAAAUGCAAUACGAAACACUUCCAAUUUCAACAGCAUCUGUUUUAGUUAAAGAUGAAGAAUUGACUACAUAUGAUUGUAUUAAUCCAAACAAUGUUCACGCAUUUCCCUGUGAAAUUGAAAAUAAUAUUACAAUCACACCACCUAAUUCAAUACCAGAAGAUACAAAUUGUGAAAUAAAAAAUGAAAAUUAUGACGAUUUAAAUAAUUUUAAUUUAAUUGACUUCAUCAAUACAAAUACUUUAAAUAACAAUAACGGUGAUGGUAACUUUAUAGCAAAUAAUAAUAUUAUGGAUAGCCUCAAUAGUUGUAAUAACACUUACAGAAAAAAGAAAACAAAAGCUUUAAUACUAAAAACAGAUCUAAGACACAACAAUAAUGCAAAUCUAAUUGAAACACCAGAUGUUAUUAAAAUUGUUGAAUCAUUUGAAACACAAAAAGAAAAGGAAAACAUGUUCCCGGUAGACGUAUUCAGCACUAAAAUUUUAAGUGACGAUUCCUGUAACGAUAGUUUUGAUGAUGGUAGCAGAAUAGAAUCACCUGAACUAGAUGUUGGUGUACAAGAAUUUGAUAGAACUGUAUUGACUUAUCAAAUGUCACCAAGUGAUUCUGCAAUUUCAAAUUGCACUUCAAGAAACAAUAAUAUUCCAUCACCAGCUCUAUAUGAAAAUCCAUUAAGUGUUGGUGGUUCAUCAAUUACAUACUCAGAUGAUGCUAAUUUAUCAAUAACAACAUCAAACUUUAGUAGUCCACCACCAACACCAGCGUCACAAACAUCUCAAACCUACAGUGAAUAUAGUUCAACUCAAAAUUCUGAAUGUACUCAAAUUCAAUCAAAAUCUAAAAAGAAACGUGGUCGUCCAGCACUUGAUCACAGUUCACCGCCUACAAUAGAACAAUUAAGAAAUUCUGAUCCAAAUAAACGAAAAUAUUUAGAACAAAGAUAUAAAAAUAAUGAAGCCAGCCGAAUAUCAAGACGUAACAGAAAGCGUAAGGAAGAAGAGGAAAAAGAGGAAGAAUUACGUGAAAUAAGGAGAAAUGCUAUUUUAAAGGCUAAACAUGCCAAAUUAACUCAAAAACAUGAAUAUUUAAAGGAUAAAUUACGCAUGAUUGUUGCAGAAAGUUGAAAGGUGGAAGUUGAAUAUUUAUAGCUUAAUUUUAAUAUAAAAAAAAUAAAUAUGUAUAAGUAUAUACUUUUAUUAACUUUGUAUUUGUUUAGAUAAUGAUUUUUUUUUGUCAUAAAAAAUGGUUGAUUUAAUAAGCAAUAAUCAAAUUGAAAAAUUGAUUUUAAAAAAAAUUAUACAUAAAAAUUUCAAUAAUACUUAAAAAAAAAAUAUUUUAUUUUGGAAUUUUUGUAAAUGUUAUGCUAUCCAAUUAAAUAUAGUGUUAUUUUAAAUUUAAAAGAUAAAUUUAAAAAAAAAAUAAAUCCUAAAAAUAAUACAGUAGUAAUAGCAAUUUAUAGCA